AUGUCGCGCAGGGUCACCCGCUCGUCCGCUCGUCAAGCAGCGAGCCAAGCGGCUUCAUCAACUCCAGCUUCGUCGUCCAUCCUCGGGCUUUCUUCGGCCGCCCCAACGCCCAUUGCCCAAGCCCCCGCUCCCCCUCCAAGCGCUCGGAAGCGUAAGAACAUUCCCGACUCGCCCCCGACCUCGACAUCCGUCGACACUCCGUCGUCGGCUCGUAGGUCUAAGCGCCAACGAGUGGCACAUACGUCGCCGCCUCCCCAGCCUGCACAACCGCCACCUCCUGCUCCCGCUCCUGCGGCUGCAACUGCUACAUCUCGCCGUAGGAAGGGCAAAGCUGCCGCGACCAUGUCGGCUCCUGCACCCCCUGCCGGUCCUCCGGACCCCACAGAGAACCAACCGUCUGCCUCGUCUAGCCGGCGCUCUAGCCGUAACAAGAAGACGGCUGCUUCCACAGCAGAAGAACCGAUCGUUGCGGCCUCCUCCCGAUCGAGUCGGCGGUCCAAUCGCACAUCGAAUGACGACCAGGAUGUUGUCAUGGGCGGCACGGAUGAUCACGACAAGGAGGCGUCGGCUCCGCCCCCACCGCCCCCUCCUAUCCAGGAGCGGUACCCCGACGAGGAUAGCGAUGAUCAAGACGAGGAUGAUCACUAUGACGACGACGACGGCUACAGCUUCGGCGGCGGCUUCGGCGGCCAUGGUGGUCCCUUGCACGGGCUCUCGAGCACAAUUAGAACGCUUAGUGGCAUGGUUAGCGGCCUGCCCGCUAGAUUCAGGGAUAUAUUACACAACUUGCGCCAGAAGCACGAUCCCGAUAGCCAGCUGGUCGCCCUCCAAGAACUCUCGGAGCUCCUGCUGGUCUCUAAUGAAGACAGCUUGUCGGGGAACUUUUCGAUCGACGCCUUCGUGAAAGAGUUGGUAACGUUAAUGCAGCCAAAUGAGCUGACAGGCGAGGAGAAUCCCGAGAUCAUGCUCUGGGCGUGUCGUUGCCUGGCGAACCUUAUGGAGGCACUCCCGGCCAGCACAUCCAACAUUGUUUACGGUCAAGCCGUGCCCAUUCUCUGCCAAAAACUGCUUGAGAUUUCUUUCAUCGAUCUAGCCGAGCAGGCCCUCAGCACCCUCGAGAAGAUCUCUGUUGACUAUCCGGGCUGCAUUGUCCGCGAGGGCGGCAUGACCGCGUGCCUUCAGUACUUGGACUUUUUCGCCACAAGCACUCAGCGUGUAGCUGUUACCACGGCUGCCAACUGCUGUCGUAACCUUGACCCCGAAAACUUCCCGGUGGUUCGGGACGUCAUGCCAAUUCUGCUCAACGUCUUGGGCAGCAACGACCAGAAGGUAGUCGAGCAGGCUUCUCUCUGUGUGACGCGCAUCGUUGAGAGCUUCCGGUAUUAUCCUCACCGCCUCGAGGAGCUUGUGAGCGUCGAUCUGCUAAAGGCCAUCCUGCGCCUGCUGCUCCCUGGCAGCACGAACCUCAUCGGCCCCCACAUCCACACGCAGUUCCUACGUGUCUUAGCAUUCGUGGCCCGCGCGAGCCCUCGUCUAUCAGCAGAGCUUUUCAAGCUAAACGUGGUCGAAACACUCUACCAGAUUCUUACAGGUGUUUCACCGCCGAGCGGAGAUGAUGAUAUCGCGUCGAAACUCGACAGCGUCCUGAUCAUGCAGGCUCUCAUUCAUCGUCCUCGCGAACAGAUUAUCGAAACCCUGAAUGUCAUUUGCGAGCUACUGCCAAAUCUUCCUGGCUCGGCCGAUCCGGCUGCUGGCGACUUCGUGGAGAUUUCAGAGUCGGUCCUUACGCCGUCGACCUCUGGCUCGCGGAGAAAGACGGCCAACGAGAAGCGCACCGAACUCCUCAGGACUUGCAAGGACGAGGUUCGCCGCUUCGCCAUGAUCCUGUUCCCUACUCUUACCGACGCCUAUUCGAGCACAGUCAACUUGACUGUCCGCCAGAAGGUCUUGACGGCCCAACUCAAGAUGCUUUCGAACCUCGACAAACCGAUCCUUCUGGACGCCCUGAAGCCUGUCUCGUAUGCCUCGUUCUUGGCAUCGAUCCUCUCGCAGCAGGAUCAUCCCUCCUUGGUUAUGUAUGCGCUUCAGGCUACGGAGCUUCUCGUAAGCCGUCUGGACUUGGUGUACCGAUAUCAACUUUACCGCGAAGGUGUUAUUGCUGAGAUCACCAAACUGGCUGCAGAAGCGAGGGAUCAGAGCCUCUCUCCCGAAUCAUCCCUCGAUCGCGCCGCUGAUAACCAGUCGGACCGCGACUCGGAGAAUGAGGAUGAGGAGAAUGAAGAGGGUGAUGAGGAAGACGAGGAUCGUUCGCGUCGCUCUUCGGACGAAGAGGAUGACGAGGAUGAAGACGAGGAGAGGGAUCGUGACGACCAGGAGGAAGAUGAGCGCCACCGAGACGAUUACACUGGAUCCCCGACUAGCUCUCAGGGUUCCACAAUGUCUAUGGGUGCGUCAUCCGGCAUCCGAUUCGGCCUUGAUAAAGCCAGAAUUGCUCAGGUCGCGAAGCGGUUCCUGGAGCUUCACGAGAACGAGGAAGCGGCCAAGGGCAUGCGUGAAAAGGCCGAGCAGAUCUUGGCCGGUCUCUCAGCCCUCGCGUCGGAUAUCGAAAACUUUUACCUCUGUCGUACCUUGUUGUCUUCUAGCCAACCUCUGGACCGUGGCAUCAAGCUCUUCACCAAGCUCGCUUCUUACUUUGACUCGGAUAUCUUGGAGAGCGUCACCAGCGCUGAGCUUCUCGCCUCCGGUAUUGUGCGCGUCCUUGAGAAGGUUCUGAGUAAUCCGGACGAAGAGUUGGCCAUCGCCGCCCAGUCGGCCUUUCUCCAGGUUUUCAUGGGAUACACGGUCAAGUCGAAGCCUAAGACGGCUACGGCAGACUCACCCGCCACGCCGCUGAGCGUCUUGAUUCACAAGUUGCAGGAUCUGUUGAGCCGGUCCGAGCAUUUUGAGGUUAUCACCGUGCACCACAGUGGAUCGGAUCGCAGUGCGGCGUCUAUGCUCGCCAAGCAGAUCCGUCUCAGGCUGGCAGCGGAUGACGAUUCGGACAUUCCUCGCAACUAUCGGAACAUUAUGGUAUCAAUUCAUGCCAUUACGACGUUCAAGUCAUUGGAUGAUUACCUUCGUCCUCGUAUCAGCGCAACGCCACGCAACUCGAGGAGGGAGGCUCUCUCCAGGGCUUUCGACGCUCUGGCUAACACAGCCGGGAUGCCGCUCAAUAGCUCGGCUGCGGCACGCUUGCGACAGGCCAUGGGCGGCUCAUCAAGCUCUAGCUCGAGCUCAAGCUCGGCUGCUCCCCCUCCUCCGACAACGAGCGGUUCCCAGCCUUCUGCUUCAUCCCCUCUGCGGUCCACGAGGAAGACCACCCGCUCGUCGAGGAUGCAGCAGCCCGGCGAGGCCCCUUCGACACCGGAACCAUCGACAUCCCGCGAAAAGGCGGUUCUUCGCAGGUCUUCACGUCGUCAAGGCACGACCUCGUCUGAGGACCCGGCUGCUCGCCCGCCGCCCCCUGAUGACGAAGAUGAUCUGGACAAUGCCCUCGAGUGCGCUGACGAGAAGCAGCUGUCGGACGACGAGGACAUGGGCGACGAUGAAGCCCUUGAUGUUGUAGACGAGGGUAUGUCGGAGGCUCAGACACCCGAUCCUCCCGCUGCCAACAUGGAGAUGGGUACUGGCGGCAAGGUCACUGCUCGCAGGGACGAUGGCACCAAGGUCUCUACGCCAUCUCACAGCCGGUCUGGUGCUACGGCCCCCAGCCGUCUGAGCGGCCUUGCAGCUGCCUUGCAGUCAACCCCUACCCCAUCUUCGUCCUCACGGCCCAUGUCGUAUGCCGGUGCGGUUCAGUCGACCCCCAACGACUGGCACCUUGAGUUCAGCAUCAAUGGCAAGGUUAUUCCUCUCGACAUGACCAUCUAUCGCGCAGUUCACAAUUACGCAGCUAUUCAGGAUGAUUACACCGGUCGUGGAGUCUGGGCUGCCAUCCAUCCUGUCAAGUUCCGACGCGUGCCUGGUCCACCCCCGACUACCGAGUCAUCGGGCUUUGGCAGUCAGAAUGAUGCAACCUGCGAGGUUGACGAGAAUGGUGUUCCUCUCUCGCUCGCCAAUUUCCCCGUCACGGCCUCAAUCCUGCGCCUGCUCAAGAAAUUGCACGACCUCAACGCCAACCUCGACGACGUACUGGUGGAAAAUAAGGAGACGCUCCGUCUCAACGUGGAGCCGCUGUCGCAGUUUGUCAAUACGAAGCUGACGGCUAAGCUCAACCGACAGCUAGAAGAGCCCCUGAUUGUGGCGAGCCAGUGUCUCCCCAGCUGGAGCGAGGACCUGGCCCGGUUGUAUCCGUUUCUGUUCCCGUUUGAGACGAGACAUCUCUUCCUGCAGUCCACUUCGUUCGGAUAUGCCCGAUCUAUGAGUCGCUGGCAGAAUGCACAGUCUCAGGAAGAUUCACGCAGGGACCGUCGUGCUGAUGAGAGGCCCUUCCUCGGUCGCCUGCAGCGCCAGAAGGUGCGCAUCUCGCGGAACAAGAUCAUGGAAUCGGCCGUCAAGGUCAUGGAGCUGUAUGGAGCUUCUCAGAGCAUCUUGGAGGUUGAGUAUUUCGACGAGGUGGGCACAGGCCUAGGUCCGACGCUCGAGUUUUACUCGACGGUGUCGAAGGAGUUCUGCAAGAAGAAGCUCAAGAUGUGGCGGGACAACGACCCCAACGGUGACGACGAAUACGUGUCCGGCUCGAACGGCCUGUUUCCGCGACCCAUCAGCGACGACUUUGCCGCGUCGGAGGAAGGCCAGAAGGUCCUGCAGCUUUUCAAGACGCUGGGAAAGUUUGUUGCUCGAUCCAUGAUCGACUCGCGCAUCAUUGACAUUAACUUCAACCCAAUCUUCUUCCGAAUUGGAGAUGAGUCGACUGCCGUUCGACCUUCGCUUGGAGCCAUCAAGCAGGUUGACCCAGUCGUGGCGCGGUCUCUCAUGCUGAUCAAGAAGUUUGCGUUAGCCAAGAAAGAGAUCGAUGAGGACCCAACCCGCUCGCCAGCCCAAAAGGUCGUCGACAUGGAGAAUAUUGUCAUCGACAAGAUCAAGAUUGACGACCUUUACCUCGACUUCACACUGCCUGGUUAUCCCGAGAUUGAGCUCAUCCCGAACGGCUCGCAAACCCGUUUGACCAUCGACAAUGUCGAGGAAUACCUCGAGCGUGUUAUCGAUAUGACACUGGGCAGCGGUGUUCGCCGGCAGGUUGACGCCUUCCGCCAGGGCUUUUCGCAGGUUUUCCCUUACUCGGCGCUCAGCGCCUUCACACCCGAUGAGCUCUGUUCGUUGUUCGGCCGAGUCGAGGAGGAUUGGUCGUUGGAGACGCUCAUGGACUCGGUCAAGGCGGAUCACGGCUAUAACAUGGACAGCAAGACGGUCAAGAACCUGCUGCAGGUCAUGAGCGAGAUGACGCCCCAGCAGCGCCGGGACUUCUUGCAGUUUACGACCGGCAGCCCGAAGCUGCCUAUUGGAGGCUUCAAGAAGCUCACCCCCAUGUUCACGGUAGUCUGCAAGGCCAGCGAGCCGCCGUACACGUCGGACGAUUACCUGCCCAGCGUCAUGACGUGUGUCAAUUACCUUAAGCUGCCGGAUUACUCGAGCAUCGAUAUCCUGCGUCAGCGACUGUUUACUGCCAUUAAGGAGGGACAGGGCGCAUUCCACCUGUCUUAA